AUUUUAGUUGAAAUAGUUCAUCGAACACUUUAUCUUACUAGCGAGACCAAACACCGCAAGCCAGAACGCAAUGUCUGCCUCGCGACGAUCCUCGCUAGGUAGCCCGCCGCAGAUGGGCGGGUCCGGGUCGAUUUCGGAUCUAAAGCAGCGGGUCAUUACGUGUCUUAACAAGCUCUCUGACCGUGACACUCUGGCCAUGGCCACCAAUGAGCUCGAGUUCAUUGCUCGGAAUCUCACGCAGGACUCUUAUGCUACUUUCUUGAUCUGCAUUCACAACACCGACGCGUCGUCCAAGCCGCCGGUGAGGAAGCAGUGCGUGUCGCUGCUGACGUCACUGUCCAACUCACACGGCGACGCGCUGGCGCCGCUGCUGCCGAAGAUGGUCUCCACCGUGCUCCGCCGCCUCCGCGACCCGGACACCGCCGUGAGACUGGCGUGUGUGGAGGCGGUCGCCGCCAUGUCGGCGAGGAUCACGACGCCGGAGUUCGCGCCGGCUUUUCUGAAGCCGCUGAUGGACACGCUGGCGGUGGAGCAGGACUCGAACUCGCAGAUCGGCGCGGCGCUCUGCCUCGCCGCCGCGAUCGACGCCGCGCCGGAGGUGGAGGCGGCGCAGCUGAGGAGGAGCCUGGCGCGGCUGGGGAAGCUGGCGAAGAGCGAGGGGUUUAGGGCCAAGGCGGCGCUGAUGGUGCUGAUCGGGAGCAUUGUUGGCGCCGGCGGCGCGUCGAGUAAAGGCGCGUUGGAUUGGCUGGUGCCGUGUGUGGUGGAGUUUCUGAGCAGCGAUGACUGGGCAGUGAGAAAGGGCGCGGCUGAGACGCUAGGAAAAGUAGCCACGGCGGAGUCAGAUUUGGCGCCACUCUAUAAAGCUUGUUGCUUGGGUGCUUUGGAAAGCCGAAGAUUUGAUAAGGUGAAGGUAGUGAGGGAGACUAUGAAUAAUGCACUGGAGAUGUGGAAGGUUUUCGCAGGCGAUUCCGAGGAGGUUUCAACUCCAAUGCAAUCCAGAUCUUCAACUGAUAAUGAGAAUGAUCGUUCCUUUCCUGCCGUAUCGAAAAGUUCCAAUGAUGGCUUUAGAACUCCUCAAACAAAGAAAACCGUCCCCACAAACAGGUUCCCUCCAUCUAACGGUUCUUUGGUGACCACCGCCAAAAAGGGAAGUUCUCAAGGUAGAACGGAGAGAAGUUCAGACACAACCAAGCUCACUAAAGUAGACCACAAGAAAUCCCGUGAUUGGAAAUGUGAAAUUACAAUGCCAAACUCUGCAUCUUCUAAAGUGUCUCGUGCAGAUGAUAUAGUUAAGUGUGAUUUUGAAGUUAAGGACUCAAGAGAGACUGAGCACGAUGCAAAUUGCGUGGUGGAAGAUAAACGUGUGCUCUUUAGUAGGAACUGUAAUGAAAAAGCACAGAAAUUUGGCGGUUUGAGAUCUCGUUCUCGAGUGGUUCCGUUUGAUGAUGAGAACCAUGAUUCGGAUGUUGUGGCAAGUAAUCCUGCAGAAGAAGUUUACGAGAGCCCCAAGGAGGCUGAGGAUCUGAAUCUGAUCCGUGCGCAACUCAUUCAGAUUGAAAACCAGCAAGCAAACCUAUUUGAUCUUCUCCAGAGGUUCAUGGGAAACUCUCAGAGUGGGCUGAAUUCUCUUGAGACACGGGUACAUGGCCUUGAGAUGGCGCUGGAUGGAAUUUCAUAUGAUUUGGCAGUAUCAACUGGAAAGAUUCCAGACACUGAAUCUGCAGAAAACACAUGUUGCAAGCUGCCUGGUGCCGAGUUCUUGAGCUCUAAGUUCUGGCGUAGAACUGAAGGCCGGUGUUCUGGUCCAAGGUUCUCUUAUUCUGGAAACAAUCCCUCAAUGAAUGCUGUGCCUGAUAAAGACACUGGUGUUGAACCAUCUACAUUUAACCGCCAAAGAUUUCAGCAACAAAGUAGGGGUGCACAUACAACAGAUAGUCCAGGCGACUCAAGUGAACAAACAUGGAACUUUCCAGACAGAACACCAAAGAGCAGAGUACAAGUUGCUGAGAGGGUUCAAAUGUACAAUGCUAGUCAGUUUGAUGGGGUUUCUCCAGCUAACUAUAUAGCAUCAAGGAACCCUAGCAGAAGGUCAUCUGCUUAGAUAGAAUCGAUGCACAGCUCAGAAUGUUGUGGACGACUUCAGUCAAAGACUUGAGGGACAUGCAUCACGACUUGUGGGAAAACCAUAACCUGAAGAUGCGGAUCAAGGCUACAUGUAGGAGUCCUCAUGUAUGUAUGAGAUUUGUGAAUCGAUAUAGCAUUUGGUACACAGGAGCAGCAUUGCAUAGGGUUCAUUUUACUUGUCUCCUUUGAAAGGCUGCAGCUUCCAGAUCAAAAUGCAACUUUACCAGUUAAACCAGAGUAGUCUUCAUAACUAAGCGGUAGCCUGAUGGCUAGCAUGUGUUCUAUUUAUUACUUACCCGGCUGUACCAUUGCCGGUAAGGGAGGUUAGGUCAAUCUCUGUACAGAUCCAAAGCCUCUGCAUCAUUUUUUCUUGCCUCUUUAGCCAUAACUUGCUGUACAUGAUCAAUAAAUUUUCAUUUCUGCACUAAUGUAAACGUCUUCGGCUCAUAAAUUUGAUCACAUGG